AUGGCCAGCUACGUCGAAAUCGGCGGCAUCCAUGUUGAUUUUAACGCCAAUAUUAUCAUGUUUGCCAUAUUCGUCUCGGAAAUGCAGCCUCCCGCCCCUGUGUGUGUCCCUCUGUCCAUCACUUCUACCGCGACCACGACCACCACCUCCACCACAGGCAGGGCAGGCAGUAAGCGCCAGGGGGCCAGCUUCCAAAAGGUCAAAUAG